CGUUAAUUCCAGCCGAGCGGCCAUUCAGUCUCGCGCCUCAACACAAUGCGUAUGGUAUUUGGGCAACAAUCUUUCUUAAUCUUUUCACAGGCUAUUUACUGGUGUUACUUUAGGAAUCCCAAGACUCUGCCGUCGUGAUCUGUUAGAAAUUUAGGUGCAUAAUAGUGAGGGUGUCUUUGAAAUAUGCCGAGGGAUAAGAAGAACAAGCGUGCUGCUGCUGCUGCAGCUGCAGCUGCAGCACUGCCAGUUGCAGAUGAUGAUACUGCAAGCAUUACCAGUGAUAAGACAGACUCCACAGCUCAGAUUACUGAUGGAGAGGAAGGUCUGUCGGAGAUGGAGACCUACGAGCAGAAGGUGCGUGAAGCAAUGGACUUAGCCUUGGAGAAGUCUGUUCAGACUCGCACCAAUGCCCUUACAGCUCUAACAACCGCUUUCCAGAAAAGGGUGAUGACACAAUUUCUACUUGACAACUACCAGACAAUUACCGACUUAGUGGAGCGUUCAUUGAGGAAGGGUCGAGGUCCCGAGCAAGUGGCUGCAGCACGUCUGGCCACGAUGCUGGUUGUAAGCCUCUCGCCCGUCGCUGAAGCUGAGAAGGUUUUCAAGACCCUAAACCCCAUUCUGACAGUGUUGGUGACAGAUCCCUCCGCAGCAGUGGCAGCACGACAAGAUGGUGCAUUAGCAAUGGCUUUGUCAUCAUUCUUAGCAUGCCAUGAUCUUGCGGAUGUUACUGCUGCCAUGAACACUCUUCAUUCUCUGUUUGCCGGAUCACUUCCAAAGGGUAAUGGAGAAUUGCCCAACCAUCCUCCAGCAGUUUCCGCCAUGCAUACAGCGGCCCUAAAUGGUUUCUGUUUGUUGUUGUGUCUCUUGUCACCCACAACAAUUUACACAAUGGCUAACAAAUUAGUGAAGGAGAUGUUCGAUCUUCUGGGAAGUAGUGAUUUGGACCUACGUAUUCAGGCAGGUGAAGCUGUAGCUUUGAUUUAUGAGACCGCUCGAAUACAUGAUGAGGAUUACUCCUGGAAUCGAGAAGCAGAUCUUUGCUCUGUUCUGAAAGAAUUAGCUACAGAUUCCCACCGAUUCCGAGCAAAAAAGGACAGGAAGCAGCAGAGAGCAUCUUUCAGGGAUGUUGUGAGGACAGUGGAAGAAGGGGAACAGCUGUAUGAAACAGUGUUUGUGGGGCCACAAAAUCAACGUCAAGAACUGAUCCUCGAUACUUGGUCAUUAAAGUGGCAGUAUUCCUCCUUGUGUCACAUCAUAGGGCAAGGGAUAAGUGUUCACAUUUCUUACAAUAUUGGGAUACGUGACAUAUUUGCAUUGGGACCACCACCAAUCCAAAUGGACCAUGGAAUGGCACUGCUAGCACGAAAAACCCAAAAAAGACCAAACCGGGAAUCUCCAGCCAGCAAAGCUCGACAGAUGGCACGCAACAAGAACCGUGACAAUAGACAGGCAGCCAAAAUAUAUGAAGAUUAAAACUUUCUCUUAUAUUUUUGUAUCAGUUUACAUCAACAACUAUCCAUCUUUGUUUUCUUUCCUUUUCUUUCUUUCUUCUGCUUUUGAAGGGAGCAGUGGAUUAAUGUGUAUGCAGAUGGUUUUCUUUAAGGAUCACUUAUUUUGUAGUUUUCUGAAGUCUGACGACCUAAUGCUUGGGGACGGAGACUAAAAUUUGUUUUUCUGCAAAUUUGUGUGUGUGAGAAAAUGGAUGGAGGAAUAUUUGAUAUCUCUACAGACGUACAUAAGCGUAUGUGCGUGUUUUAAAUACAUCUGUUGUCAAUACAUAUUAUCAUACACAAAUAUAUCUGUACUUAGGAUUUUAUUAUUCCUUUCUGUUUUUUCACAGAUAUUUGUAGGUCAGCCUGUGAAUAAGAAAAACAGUGAAACAGGACUGAAAUGGAAUUACAUAUUCUAAAGAUGUAGUUUAGUUGGUUUGUAGCAAAUAAUACACACAUGAUUUUCUUUACUCUCCCUUUAUUUCAUUCAUGCUUAUUUUAUAUAAGAAAUAUGCUGAUCAGAUGAAAGAAGUGUUUUUCAUUUCAGUCUAUGGAAUAGACUAAUAUAUACUUGUAUAAAUUAUGACUAUUAUUUCUUUUUUGAAAUAUUCUAUUGUUUCACUGUAUUGACAAAUUAUAUAAAAUUUGGAGGGAUGUUAUUGUGUGUUUGAUGCUGGUUAGACUUAAAGAUGAUCCUAUCCCUGUUCAGUUGUUCUUCAUUCUACUCUUGAUUUGGAGGCAUCUCCUGUAGUAAAGUCAUGGGGAAGCUUCUAAAAUUUCUUGGUUUUCCCUUUCCCAGUGAUUAUUCAAAGGAUGUUUAUAGAAAUAUCUUGCAACCAUGCCUUGCUGCUAUUAAUACUAUAUUUGCCCUUUGUGAUGUAGUAAAUAAAUUAAAAGAGCA